AAUCCGCUCCGACCAAUGAGAACCGAGAUCCUCCCGCCAAGCGCCUCCGAGCCGGGCAAGCCAGCCAAUGGGCGCGCGGCAUUCAAACCCCACGCCGCCUUGCCCGACGGACGCCAUAUUCCGCUCGUCCAUGGCGGUUGCGUAGAAAGCCGCGGCGGAAAAAGCUCACUUCCAGCUCGAAUUUUAAAGCGCAGGGACACCCGCCGGCACCCGCGAGACGCCAUGAGUGACAUCCUCGACCCGAGUAAGCUGAAGGUGACGGAACUGCGCGCCGAAUUGCAGGCGAGAGGCCUCUCCACGAAGGGAAAUAAGCCGGUGCUGAUCGAGAGGCUGAGGGAGGCGCUCGAGGCCGAAGAUGGCGACCCAGUGGAGCGUGUUGCUACUGAGGCACAGAAAGCAGAGGACCCAGAGGGGGCUCCUGAACCUGAAACAGAGCCCGAAGGUGAGGGUGAGGCUGAACCCGAACCCGAACCCGAGCCCGAGCCUCAGCCCGAGACUAGACCCAGGAGUGUAAGAGGAACUCCACGAAAGAAGUCGCCAGAGGCAGCUGCUACACCAAAGAAGAGAGGCCCAGAUGCAGUGCCUACACCAAGAAAGAAGACUCCUGAACCUGCAAUACCUGAGGUUCCAGAGCCAGAAGAGGUUCUGCCACCUAAGGAAGCUACCCCCUCCCCACAGAAGGCACAGCCAGAACCCACCCCUUCACCCCAAAAACCUGUGGCUGCACCUGCACCUGUACCUGCACCUUCCCCACAGAAGACACAGCCAGAGCCCACUCCUCCCCAGAAACCAGCACCUUCCCCACAGAAAGUGCAGCCAGAGCCCACUCCUUCUCCCCAGAAACCAGCACCUUCCCCACAGAAAGUGCAGCCAGAGCCCACUCCUUCUCCCCAGAAACCAGCACCUUCCCCACAGAAAGUGCAGCCAGUGCCCACUCCUCCCCAGAAACCUGUUCCCUCUCCACAGAAAGUGCAGCCAGGACCCACUCCUUCACCCCAGAAACCAGUACAGUCCCCAGUGAAGGCCCAGCCAGAACCCUCCCCAUCACAAAAACCAGCACCUUCUCCCCAAAAAGCACAACCCUUGCCCACUCCAUCACCCCAGAAACCAGUAUCCUCACCCCAGAAACCAGUAUCCUCACCCCAGAAACCAGCACCUUCACCCCAGAAACCAGCACCUUCACCCCAGAAACCAGCAGCCUCACCCCAGAAACCAGCACCUUCACCCCAGAAACCAGCACCUUCACCCCAGAAACCAGUAGCCUCACCCCAGAAACCAGCUCCUUCACCCCAGAAACCAGCCCCUUCACCCCAGAAACCAGUAUCCUCACCCCAGAAACCAGCAUCCUCACCCCAGAAGGCCCAGCCAGAACCAGUGCAGUCUCCACAGAAGACCCAGCCUGAGCCUGCCUCACAGGCACCAGCAGCAUCCCCUCAGAAAGUUGCCUCUCCACAAAAGGCUGUCUCACCUCAGAAACCCACUCCACAGAGUCAGCCUGAGUCUGCAGUUGCCGUUAAGGAAGAGCCUGAAGACUCUGCAAAACUUGGCUAUGAAGCAGCACCUGUGGAAGAUUAUGAUGUAAAGAUGGAACAGGACAAUGGAUUUGAGAUGGAGGUCAAAGACGAGAUGGUUGAACCAAAGGCAGAGACAAUGGAUGCAGAUGCAGAUGCAGAUGCAGAUGAAGAGGAUGAAGAUGGAAGAAGAGGAGAAAAGAGAUCUCAUUCACGUUCUCGAUCACCUGAUCACAAAAAGUCUCGGCCAGAGGUGGAAGAAGUUAGAAUUGAAGAUGAGCCGGACCUUGAUAAGACUGUUGUGGCUCUUGAUUGGUAUAAUUCCGAUUUGUCUCUCAUCAUUGAAAAGGAAAACUUCCUCUCUGCAAAACCUCUCACAAUGCAAGGCUUUGGCUAUGUCUGGCAUGGUGUAAGAGCAACCUACGGCUUCACACGGAGCCGAGUGUUCUUUGAGGUCAAGUGUGAAGACAAUCUGCCUGUCCCCCAGUUGGAGGAUGAACAGCACCCUCAUGUUGUACGUGUUGGAUGGUCUGUUGAUGAAGCCGGGCUUACCCUUGGAGAAGAUCCUCUCAGCUAUGGCUAUGGUGGCACUGGCAAAGCCUCAACCAACCUUAGGUUUAAGGAUUAUGGAAAAACCUUUGGCAAAGGCGAUGUUCUUGGCUGCUUUUUGGACAUGGAGUCUGAGCCGAUGGUGAUGUCCUUCACAGUCAAUGGAGAGCACCAAGGCAUGGCUUAUGAAAUCCAGCAUGCAGAACUUGGAGACAAGGCCAUGUUUCCUCAUAUUGUAACAAAGAAUAUGACUUUCAAGGUCAAUUUUGGAACAGAAGAUCCAUGGUGUGAGCCACUUACAGGCUAUACUUUUGUUGGAAAGGUUCCACUUGAAGAUCGUGUUCUAGGCACCCAAGGACCUGAGAAGAGAGAGGAAGCAGAGAUCAUCAUGAUGGUUGGCCUCCCUGCAGCUGGAAAGACCACUUGGGUGGAUACAUAUUGCAAAGAAAACAAAGAAAAGAAGUACAAUGUCCUUGGAACAAACAGUCUUAUUGACAAAAUGAAAGUGAAUGGACUGCCAAGAAGACGCAACUAUUCUGGCCGUUGGGAAGUCCUGAUUGAACGUUGCACAAGAUGCCUGAACAAGUUGUUGGAGCUUGCUUACAAGCGCAGGCGCAACUUCAUCAUCGAUCAGACGAAUGUAUACCCAUCGGCUCAGAGGCGUAAAAUGAAGGGUUUUGCUGGCUUCAAACGGCGUGCAGUUGUUAUUUGUCCCACUGAUGAGGACCUGAAGAAACGAACAGAGAAGCGUGAGAGGGAGGAAGGCAAGGAUGUCCCUGACAAGGCUGUCCUAGAGAUGAAAGCCAACUUCAAGCUGCCGGAGGAGGGAGACCUGUUUGACUCCGUGGAAUACGUGGAGAUGCAGCGGGAGGAGGCCCUGAAGCUGGUUGAGCAGUACAACAAAGAGGGAGAAGAUGCUGGGUAUGGCCAGAAGAAGGGCUUCAGAGGGGGCUUUGGUGAUAGACGUGGUGGGUUCAUGGACCGCCGUGGAGGCUAUGGGAACCGAGGAGGUAGCUUCCGUGGUGCCUGGGACCGCGAUCGUCGAGGAGGCUACAAUGAUCGCCGCAGUGACAGAGGUGGUUGGAACAGAGACCGCAUGGACAAUCGCGAUUACAACAGAGGAGGCUACAGCAGAGAUGCAAGAGGUGGUUUCAACAGAGACAACCGUGGUGGCUUUAACCGCGAUGCCAGAGGUGGUUUCAACCGUGAACGUGGCGGUAGAUCCAUGAACUACCAGAGCAAUUGGAGCAGGAACUCGAGUAAUGACAUAAAGAGCACUUCCACUAGUUCUACUACUAACCCAUGGGCAAACCAGCAGGGCAAUCAAGGCAACCAGGGCUUUGGCAACUAUGGUGGCUACGGGAACAACCAGGGCUGGGGCAACCAGAACUGGGGCAGCCAGAACUACCCACAAAGCUAUGGCAACAACUGGAGCCAGCAGUACUACCAACAGCAACAGCAGCAGCAGCAACAGCAGCAGCAACAACCAUACUGGGGACAGGGCUAUGGUUAUGGAAACCAGCAAGGAUACGGAGGCAACCAGUCCUAUGGUCCCUCAAACAGUGCCAGCACACCAGGCAACUGGGGACAGCAAAACAGCAACUGGACUAGCACAAAUCCCAACCAGCAGGCAUGGGGCACUGGCUAUGGCUAUCAAAACCAAAGUUAUAACCAAAGGAGGUAGUCUGUUGGUCUGAUGGCUAACGAGACCUUCAGGAAGGGGGUUCCGUAUCUUCGAUGUGCAUAUAUCCUUUCCUAAGUUUAAGUCUUUUAACGUAUGGCUAAAUCGUUGAAGUCUUUUGUCAGCUUUCCGAGUCUGUUUGCCGUGUCCAUGCUAGAGUGGCAGGUGAAGUCAAAUUAUGUAUCCAUUUAGUGAUGGAAGUCUUGUUUAUUGUAGUUUUCACUUCAAAAGCAGUUGAUAGAUUUAUUUAAUAAAUUAUCAUUUGUAGAAUGUGAUUCUUCUUAGACUUGAUGCCAGAUACUGUAUCUGGUGUGGAGCGAGUGUACAGAUAACCGGAUAUUGUUUCUGGUUGUAGGAUACUUGUGGAAGGCAUCAGAUUUUAUCCGGUGUAAAAUGCGUGAAUGUUUUGCUGACUGAUGUUUUGUAUGUGUGUAGGUAGGUCAAGACAAAUUGGGUUUUAUACCUGAUUAAUUUAUAAAUCCUGUGAGAAUGUACACAGUCUUAAUCACUGUAAAAGCAGUCACUAAGAAUCAAGUCUUAUUUUCUCCAGUUUAUUAUAAUGCGCUGUAUUCCAGGCGUAUAGGUUUUAGGUUUGAUUUUUUAUUUUGGUAUUUCUUAAAUGUGAAUAUAGUAUAACAACCACAUACGGAAAAUGUACAAAGUUUUUUGGACUGAAGUCACAACUUCACAAAGUUUCUUGUAUCUUUCUAACUAAUAAGGUAUACUGAAUUUUAUUUAUGCAUUAUAAUGUUUGUCAAGAUAACCCUCUUUUCAAACAUGCUGAUUUAUUCAAAGACAUGGAUGAUCAUCAGUUGAUUUUAUUUAUAACCCUCAAAACACAAGGUAUAUAUUUUUUUAAAAUGAAAGUAUAUAAAUAAGCAAAUUUAGUCUUAAGAAAGACAAUGUACACAUACCAUCUGUAAGAGCCUGAAAAACCUUGUAAAAGUUUUGAAAUUAUUUAGUUUAUCAAAAUUGGAAAGAUAAGCUCAAAUUGUCUCCAUAAUACUAAGAUAAUUAACCUGUUCAUAUUGAUAACUAAUUAGAGGUAAUUCCAAGCUCCAUAAAGCACAAGAAGUGAUAGAUAUUCACUUCCACAACAAAAUAUACUAGAAAUAACUGGUGCUGAGCAUUACGGAACAGAACAGUACCAUACCAUGUUCAUCAAUAUUCCCAGAUGCCAGUGAGCGUAAUUACCAGAGGUAAAUACCAAAAGGAGGAAUUGGUUAGAUAAGAACUCCGGAGAGAAAUAUUCAGAAUACGCCGACCUGAAACCCGAAUCUGUCCACUAACUACAGAAUAUGCCACUUAUUUUUUUUUUCUUAAUGUAUCAAACCAUUAUAACUAUAUUCCAUGAAUAAACCGAUUAUAAACCA